GAAGUCGAUCGUCUUUUGCUCGAGCUUCUCCUUGCCCUCCGCGAGCGACUCCGGCGCGGUAACGCGCCUGCCGUACUCGCCGACCUUGGAGAAGUGCGGCGACGCGAGGAGCUCCUUGAGGAGGUGACCGCCGGUCUGGCCGGUGGCGCCGAUGAUGAGGGCGGAUUUGGCGGACAUGGUGAAGAGGAUGAGAGGAGGGUUCAAGACACUGAUAAUGCGCUUGUCAUGGUGUCGCCUUGAUCAGCAGGGAUGACGUUGACGACCGGCCUCGGCUGCGACGCAGUAAGCGCGCAGGUAUCACGGGCAAGCGUUCGACGACGUCCUCGACGUUCAAGGUCAUGGUCAGAAGCAAGUACCGAGAGCCAAAGCAUACAGCGAGCAGCGAUCCACCUCGCUGAAUGGACGGCAUCGUGAUGCGCCACCUGUACAUCUUAUCUGAUACGCGCAUCACCUCCCCGAUCAUGAACAAUGGCUGCUUCUACGUCCACCGCCGACAGCGACGUCGCUGAGUUGGACAAGAUAAACGAGCUGCAGCUCGAGGAGCGCAGCCUACUCAUCCUAUACGCCACUGAAACGGGCAACUCUCAGGAUUGCGCAGACCGAAUCGCCCGUGAAUGCAGGAGGAUAGCGUUCCGAUGUCGAGUGGUUAGCGUCGACGAGUACGACUUGUCCUCCCUCCUCACCGAACCCCUAGUCAUCUUCGUCAUAUCCACCUCCGGCUCAGGUCGUGAACCCCGCACCGCCUCCCCCCUCUUUAACCUCCUCCUCCGCGCAGACCUCCCCCCGGACCUUUUCGACGAGCUCUCCUUCACAAUCUUCGGCCUCGGCGACUCCGCGUAUGAGAAGUUCUGCUGGCCGGCGAAGGUCCUAAAUGCGCGGCUACGAGGGCUUGAUGCGCAUGAAAUCCUGGCAAGAGGAGAGGGGGAUGAUCAGCAUACUAUGGGGAUAGACGGCGCGCUCGAGCCCUGGAUGGCGAAGCUGCUGGAUACGUUGUUGGCGCUGUACCCAUUGCCAGAAGGAACUUCGAUAGCUGGUCCAGUCAGUCGACCACCGCCCCGUGUCGCAUUGAAAACAGCAAAAACAAGCGAUCUUCCUCUACCUGAUUCCCUCGCCGUCAACCCGGACUACUUCAACGCGACUCUGUCCGUCAACCGCAGGCUGACAGCGGAAGACUGGUGGCAGGAUGUGCGACACUUCGAGUUUGCGAUACCAGAGGGGAUACGCUACCUCCCCGGCGACGCUGCCGUCGUUCACCCCGAAGCCGCGCCAGCCGAUGUAGAUGCAUUUCUCGCGAUGAUGGGCUGGUCAGAGCAGGCCGAUGAGCGUAUAGAGCUCAUCCACGCGCAGAAGGAUCAGACGCUCCCGUCCUUCCUCCCGUCGGUCAGCACUUUGCGAACGUUGUUCACGCGAUAUCUGGAUUUCAACACCGUGCCGAGGAGGGGGUUCUUUGUUUGGUUGCGAUACUUCGCCACUGACGAACUCGAACGCGAGCGUCUAGAUGAGUUCCUUGGGGACGGCGACGACCUCUACGACUAUACUACACGCGUCCGGCGCACCAUCGCCGAGGUCCUCGCCGACUUUCGGCACCUGCGCAUCCCAAAGGAAUACGUCUUCGACGUCUUCCCGCCCCUGAGACCCAGAGAGUUCUCGAUUGCCAGCUCGGUGAAGCGCCACCCUCGCAAUAUCCAUCUUUGCAUCGCGAUCGUCAAGUACCGGACGAAGCUGAAGGUGCCGAGACGUGGGGUGUGCACGAGUUGGUUAGUCGGGCUACCGUUAGGUUCCACCCUCCGCAUGCGCAUCCACCGUGGCCUCAUCGAGCUCCCACCAUCAAAUGUACCUGUCAUCUGCGUCGGUCCCGGCACGGGCAUAGCCCCCAUGCGGGCCGUCAUCGAGGAGAGGGAGGCUGCUGGGGCGAAGGACAACACCCUCUACUUCGGCUGCCGCUCUGCCUCCAAGGACGAGCACUACGCCGAGGAGUGGACCGCGUACGCCAAUGAUGGUCACCUCACCUACCGCGUAGCCCGCUCGCGGGAAGGAGCCGAGGGCGCUGCGAGGGUUUAUGUGCAAGAUCUGAUGCGCGAGGAUGCGCGGACGUUGUGGGAGUUGGUGGGAGAGAGGGAGGGGAGAGUGUUCAUCAGCGGGUCGUCGAACAAGAUGCCUGCCGCUGUACGCAGCGCGCUAGCGUAUGCGGCGGAGACGUACGGCGGGUUGAGCGCAGAUGCUGCGAAGGCAUACGUGGAAAAGAUGGAAAGGGACGGGAGGUUGGUCGAGGAGUGCUGGAGUUGAUCUCCGAGCCGAACUCUUGGUGACACGUCGAGCUGCCACCGGGUACAAGGAGAGUAUAUAAGCCAUACUAGCAUCCGUAUGGUAGCACACGACGAUCCCCAUGUCACUAUAGAUCGCAAUGUGUUUCGGCGAGUACCUCAAUUAUGACGGCACUCAUAGACGACGAAGGACAGUGCACGGCGUGAUAUAUACGCUAAGUGAUGACCAUAACCCCCUGGUAUGUUUGCACACAUUUGAGGC